AUGCGAGGGGGCCCAGUGGCGGAGCUAGCGGAGACCGUGGACAUCCGUGCACAAGGAGUUGCCACGAUCAGUGGCGGCGAGGAGAUGCAGGAGGCGAAAAUCGCAGAUGCGGAGGAGGUGGACGGGGGGAUCGCGAAGGGCUUCGAGGGGGCGCGAAGGCGCCCCGAUGGCUCGCGCUGGCGCCACUACCCUGCGGGCCUCGGACUGCAGCUGCGCCCGGGGGCCGGAGGGCCGGGCCCGCAGGUCGGCGCAGCGGCGCCGUAUUGGAAGGAGGGCGGCAAGUUGGCGGCCUUCGGCGACGCGGACGCCCUGAAAUUGCUUUGGGCCCAGAUCGCCACCGACCCUGACGCGUGCAAGUACGUGACCAAAGUGGCAGCGGUAGGGGUCGACCCAAAGAAGCUUGCAAAGCACCAGGUGUCGCUGAACACCACUCGGCAGCUGGCUUCGCGCCUCACGCCCGCGGAAGCGCUGCGCCAGAUCGCAGAGGAGCGCGAGUCCACGUGGAAGCCCGGCGACGCCCAAGGCCGGUGGGUCGUGGGCACGUCGGGCAAGUUCAGGGCGAUGCUCCGCCACGCGGCGGCGGCGCUAGCCCAGAGCGGAGACCCGCCCGACUUCGCAGUCGCGAGGUUCUGCGACCAGAGGCAGACGUGCAUCGCGACGUGGGCGAUCGACAACUUCGAGUGGGAGGUGCCAUGCGAGCACGGCGAGGGCGAUCGCAAGAAGGCGCAUCCCAGGGAGAUCAUGAGGGUGAGCAAGGGCGAAGAGACGCUGUGGCUCAGCAGUGUCUCCAACUCGGUGAAGGCGGAAGCGUGGCUGGUGAUCUGGAGUCACAGCAAGCACCACACUACCAAGAAGAACAUGAAGCAGUUUGUGCAGCUCCGAAGCUACAAGGGCGAGGCGGCCGCGAUAGAGCUCCUCAAGAUGAUGCUGACGAGCCACUCACUCCAAGAAAUCGAGGACGCGAAGAGGGAGUGGCUGAAGAACAACCACAAGGAUCAGGUGGCGCUGAAGUGCCCAGCAGCGAGCUCGAAGAAGCCCGCCGUCGCCGCGAACACCGAGACGCCGAAGGCAGAUGGCGCGGAGCCCGAGGCGGACGACCCGAACGAGGACGAGGUGCCAAACGAGGUCGAGGACGGCGACAAGGACAUGCACGAGCUCGAUGCUGGUGGGGGCGACAGUCCUGCUGGCGAGGGCGCGCCCGAGGGGCCCGUCGUCGCCGCGGACAUCGCCGUCGCCGCGGAGGAGGGCAAGGCGCUCAUCGCGGAGCGCGACUCGUCCAAGCCGAAGGCGAAGUGCGCGGCCAAGGCGAGGGCAGUAGCUACUGUGAAGGUGGCGGCGGCAGAGGCGGUGCUUGCGGGCGCGGUGGCUGCUGCAGCGGACCUCGGGGAUAAGAGCGCGACGCAGCAGCGGCAGGAGGACAGGAAGGGGUCCGAGCCUGCCGCGAAGAAGCAGAAGCAGCUGUCCGCAGGCACGAGCAACAGCCGCAGCAGUGGCUAUGCUUCGCAGCGCGCGGGGGCGCCCGAGGAGCAGGGCAUCCCAGACGGCCAAUUGCCGCCGUUACCACUUGCCGUCUACGUGGAUGGCGUCAGAUACCAGAGCCAUGCGGCUGGCCGCAGCGACGCCGUGACUGGUUGGUGGGUCGUGAAUCUACUGUCGGGGCGCAGGUGGCAACUCCUGCAUCUCCAGGGCGGCAGACGACCCGCUACCAAGUGGGGUGGCACAGCGCGGCCCGAGGGCACCAAUACAGCUGCGCUCGACUUCAGCGCGGUCCUCCUCUACGUCAAGGGGGAUUGGUGCGAGCAUUCCAGGACCCUUGCCCUCGGCAGUUGGAGCCAAUUCCACAACUGUUGUCAGUUCUGCGACUCCCCCAGAGACGACCUCAUCUUCGACGUUGACUUGACCGCGGGGGCGGCGUUCCUUGAAACGAUAGAGCACAUGGAAGCGCGUCGCUGGGCAUCCAGCUCGGCGACCGAGUUGAAGCGGCGCGGAGUACCGCAGGCAAUUCGCAGCCCCGGCGACAGCGAGGCCAUGAUCAGGGCAGCAAACGACAUCAUGUGGACGCACUCCAGCGGCCACUUUGCGAACGACGCGGCCGACCGCGACAGUUCGACGUUGCGCAGCGCGCUGGACUCCACCAGCACAACAGUGAGCAACCGGAUGAAAACCAGCAUUGCAACCGCGAGCGGCCAGACGGAGUGCCGGGUGUUCGCGCAGGCCGCGGGUGCGGCCGUGGCAGCCCACAACGGGCACUGGUGCAUGGUCUACACCGCUGAGUGCGACGUGGACGACCUGAACACCGAGGAAGGUCGGACGGGCUACCGGGUGUUCGUGACAGAGGUUGCGGAGCUGUUUGCCAUGCGCAUCCCCAGCGGUACCCGCCGCGGCAGCCUCUAUGAGGCCGUGCUCGGCCUCCGCUGCACCGCGUUGUUGUUGCCCGUUGUUGUCGUCGCCGCCGAGGGGAGCUCGUUUUUUGGGGGGGGCCUCGCUGCGGCGGCCCGCGGAUCGCGGAUCGCGUGCCCCGCCCGCGCCAUGUCGCUGGCGAGCGCGCCCGCGGCGGUCUCGCCUGGCACAGCGGAGGCGCCGCUGCGGCCGGAGGCCCUGGCGGCGCGGUGCGCGUUCACCACGCUGCCGUGGGACGGCGGCCGCGGCUUCGCGACGCCGGGGCCGUACUUCGGACGGCUGCGCGCGGACGCCGCGCGCUUGGGCAUCGCGUGGCCAGCCGAGGGCCUGGCGGCGCGGCUGCGGCCCGCGCUGCUCGACGCGCUGGACGCGGCGGGGCGGCCUGAUUGCGCCGAGGCGCCCGCGGCGGAGCCCCCGUCGCUGCAGCCGCCGGGGCUGCUGCGGGUGGAGCUCGGCGCGGACGGGGCCGUCCGCUGCACGCUGCGGGCACUGCCGCCGAGCGCUGGUGGCGACGCCUGGCAGGCUGUCUCCCGGGCCGCACCUCGCUUCGGCGCCUCCGCCACCGGCACCAAGCACGGCGACUGGGACGCGUACCGCGACGCCACGUCGGGCGCGCGCUCUGUGGGCGCAGGCGUGUCCCUCCUGGUCCACCGUGGCGACGUUGUCGACUGCGACCGGUGCACGCCUCUGGUGCUCUGCGCGGACGGCCGCACCGUGCUGCACCCCGCCAGGGGCGCUGGAGCGGUCCAUUCGGUCACGGCGGAGCUGGUGCGGCCCGCUUUGGCGGCGGCAGGCCUCGACCUGCGCGAGGGGCGCGUCCCGCUCGCCUCCCUGCGCGACGCCGAGGAGGUCGUGGUGGUCGGCAGCGGUGUCGGGGUGCGGCAGAUCUCCUGCGUGGACGGCGCGAGCCUCGCGGGCCGGGGCGCGCGCCUGCUGCAGCUGGCGGCGGCCGCGCUGCGCGCCGCGCGCGAGGGCGCCUGGCUGGGCCCGGGCGCCGUGGCGGAGGCCGCGGACGCCGCCGCGGCGAGCGGACCGCCGGGCAGGGGCAGGUGGCCUGCCCCGGCGGGCGACUGGUUCAUGCCCGCGGUGGCGGAGGUGCUGGCUCGGGGGCGCCUGUGGGGCGCGGGCGCCGAGGAGUGCGGCUGGCCGCCCGACCAGCUCCUGCUCCACUCGGGCGGCCCGGCGGGCGACGUGGCCAGG